AUGCGCCGCCGCACACUCCGUUCUCAAGCCCAGACCCUUAGCACACCAGUGCCGGGACGGCCACCUAAGCUUGGGGGGGGGAGAAGUCAAGUUGACAUCCCGAAAGAGAAGAAGCCAGAGAGGGACGACCCCCUGGAGAAAGCUUCCAACGAGAAGACCCUGGAUGCGACUCGAGAGAAAGCUUCGCCGGAGAAGCCAUCGAGCAACACGGAACCACGGACCGAAAUUCCCUCGGUUCCGAACGCCGAACCUUCCGAUCCAGAUGAUCCUUACCACGAUCUUCCUGAGCUAGUUAGCGAUGAGGAGGGGGACAUCGAAUGGAAGAUGGGAGAUCAUCUCACUGCUAAGCAGAAUGCAGACCUGAGAGAGAUACUCGACGAGUAUCGCGACAAAUACCGGCUGUCACAGUCCGAGAACGAGAGCCUGAGCGAACACAUUGAGGAACGACUCAAGUGUGGCUUCGUUCGCCCCUCGACGUCUCGAUGGGCCUUUCCCACUACCAUGCCGCCUAAGAAGUACGAGCACGGGAAUUGGACCCUGAAACGCCCGUGCGAAGAUUAUCGCGAGCUGAACAAAGUCAGCAUUACGGAUCAUUAUCCGUUGCCUACGCCAGAAGAGAUCCUUGAUCAGCUAGAAGGCGCGACCUGGUUCACCACCCUCGACCUGAGGUGGGGAUACCACCAAGUCGCUCUCGACGAGAAGGACUGUUGCAAAACGGCUUUCUGGGGUCCUAAGGGACUUUACGAGUGGGUCGUCAUGCCGUUGGGACUCAAGAACGCUCCGGCUUUCUUCCAACGGUUGAUGGACACUACCUUGCGCGCGCAGUACGAGUUCUGCCGCUGCUACAUCGAUGAUGUGAUCAUCUUCAGCAAGUCGUUCGAGGAACACCUCGUUCACCAACGAGCCGUCCUCAGCGCAUUGCGCGCUAAGCGCAUCAAGUGUCAUCCCAAAAAGAUGAGACUGGUUGUGUCAGACGUCGAGUACCUGGGCCACUUCGUGGUGCCCAACGGUACCGCACCGCAGCAGGCGAAAGUUGAAGCCAUCCUCAAAAUGGCCGCGCCUCAUGACGUGCCCUCGCUGCGUGCCUUUCUCGGCACAGCUGGUUACUAUCGGCGCUAUGUUCCGAACUACUCCAGCAUCGCCGCUUUUUUGAACAAGCUGCUGCAGAAGGACGUGCCAUGGAGAUGGACGGCCGAAGCUCAGCAUGCUUUUGAGCAGCUCAAGGUCAAGCUGACCGAAGCUCCUAUCUUGAGGAGACCCAACUUCGCUCUGCCGUUCGAGCUCCACACUGACUGGAGUGCAGAAGGCCUAGGCGCCGUUCUUGCUCAGAGAGACGAGGAGAACAAGGAGUUCGUAGUUGCAUACGCCUCCCGGAGUAACAACCGAACGGAGCGCAAUUACUCGAGCUACCAGGGAGAGUGUCUUGCGGCUGUCUGGGGAGUCCAGAUCUUCAGCGUGUACCUCGAUGGAACACGGGACCGCUACGGCGCGACUCGCGGACCUCGGUCCGACCGGAAAUUUUCUACGGUUUACCUCGGUCGGACCAAUUUUGCGUAG